GCGCCUCGACAUUGUUGGUGUUUUCACAGUUGUGAUGUUCGCUGGGAUUUAAUGCGUAUCGCCUUACGUAGUUGGUGAACACUGAUUAGGUAGGAUGCUUGCUUAGCAUUUGAGCAGUUAAAUCAAUAGAGCUAUUUGUGGAAAUACUCAGCCCAGGUAUGGCAGAAGCAGCUGACAAGUUAACAGAAGAUACAAGGGAUGAAGAUGAAAAACCAGAGGGAUCUCAGAAAAGAACCCAUGAUGAUAAAGAAGCUGAGGAUGAGGGCUGGAUAGGACCCAUGCCUUCUGAAGCUGCAGCUCCUAAGAAACAGAAAGUUCUUGAGUUUGAGGACGUCUACCUGGAGAACCUGCCAUCCGCCGACUGUUACGAGAAGAGCUUCAUGCACCGGGACAUUGUUACCCACUUGGUGUGCACCAAGACGGAUUUUAUCGUGACAGCCAGCAGUGACGGGCACGUGAAGUUCUGGCGCAAGGAGGACGAGGGCAUCGAGUUCGUCAAGCACUUCCGCGCUCACCUGGGCAGCGUGCAAGACAUGGCCAGCAAUGGCAGUGGCACCCUCCUGUGCACUAUCUCCAAUGACAAGAGCGUCAAGAUCUUCGACGUUAUCAACUUUGACAUGAUCAACAUGAUGAAGGUGACGUUCGUGCCGCGCUGCUGCGAGUGGGUGCACGCGGCCGGCGACGCCCUGGCUGCCCUCGCCAUCUCGGAGGCGGACACCCCUCAGAUUCACGUGUACGACGGCCGGGGCAACAGCCAGCCGCUGCACACCUUCCACAAGCUGCACACCAAGCCGGCGCUGCUCAUCAAGUACAACGUGCCGUUCCACGCGGCCGUCUCGGUGGACGAGGCCGGCAUGCUGGAGUACUGGACGGGGCCGCGGUUCGACUACCAGCAGCCGCGCAACGUGCGCUUCCAGUCCAAGCUGGACACAGACCUGUUCGAGUUUGCGCGCCGCAAAACCGUGCCGCGCUCGCUCAGCUUCUCCCCCGACGGCCGGCUCUUCGCCACCAUCGGCGCCGACAGAAAGAUCCGCGUGUUCCGCUUCCUGACCGGCAAGCUGACCCGCGUGAUUGACGAGUCCAUAGCCCACUACACGGAACUGCAGCAGGCCAAGCAGCAGGUGCCCAACAUGGAGUUCGGCAAAAGGAUGGCGGUGGAGCGCGAGCUGGAGAAGUCGUCCUCCAUCGGCUACAGCAGCGUGCUGUUCGACGACAGCGGCCACUUCCUCAUGUACCCCACCAUGUUGGGCGUCAAGCUGAUCAACUUGCACACCAACCGGCUGGUCAAGCUCAUCGGCAAGCCGGAGAACGUCCGCUUCCUCCACCUCUCGCUGUUCCAGGGCAAGCCGAAGAAGCUGGCCCAGGCGUCGGUGACGAUCGAGAUGGAGGCUUCUGACAACCCGACCCUCGAUAGCGCUCACGCCGACCCCACGCUCUUCUGCACGGGCUUCAAGAAGAACCGCUUCUACCUGUUUUCGCGGCGGGAGCCGAUGGAGACGCGGGGCGUAGACGUGGACCGGGACGUGCUGAACGAGAAGCCGACCAAGGAGGACAUGAUCGCCACCACCGAGAGCACAGCGUCAUCGGCGCUGCACGAGACGGCCAUCAUCCACACGUCACUGGGCGACAUACAUCUGAAGCUGUUCGCCAACGAGUGCCCGAAGACGGUGGAGAACUUCUGCGUGCACAGCAAGAACGGCUACUACAACGGCCACAUCUUCCACAGGGUGAUCAAGGCAUUCAUGAUCCAGACCGGAGAUCCGCUGGGCACUGGCACGGGCGGCGAGAGCAUCUGGGGCGGCGAGUUCGGUGACGAGUUCCACCCGUCGCUGCGGCACGACCGGCCCUACACAGUCAGCAUGGCCAACGCCGGCCCCAACACCAACGGCUCGCAGUUCUUCAUCACGCUCAUUCCGACGCCGUGGCUGGACAACAAGCACACCGUGUUCGGCCGUUGCACGCGCGGCAUGGAGGUGUGCCAGAACAUCGGCCUCGUCAAGACCAGCCCCAAGACGGACAAGCCUUACGACGACGUCACCAUCAUCAACAUCUCCGUCAAGUGAGAGCGGCCGGCGAGGAAGGGCCGGCUGAGCGUCAGUGUGCGUCAGUGCGCGCCGGUCGCGCCGCAGGCCGGGCCGCCGCGGCCGCGAGCUCGCCGGAGCGGUGCGGCGCGGCGGCCGGCGGGGGA